UGAAAAUGAUAUCAAGACCCAUUUCGAGAGAGCAAGUUAGGGAAAUAUUGGUCACUUCUUCACUUGAUAAGCGUGAUUUAGACUCCUAUUUUGACUGUCCUCUUCCAAACUAUUCUGAAUUUCCUAAAGAAGACAAAGGCUGGAUUGGAAUUGCUAAGAGUAUUCUUCUUGACGACUCACCUUACAAAAAUAUGAUACAAGUAGCCAGACAUUGUAAAGACAAAGAAGCUCAAUGGAAGAGCCUAAAUUGUCCUAAAGCACAACAAGACCAUAACAGCCUUGAGUCAAGAAAAUAAAAAAGUUACAAAGGUCAUCUCGGAAGAAGCUCCUGGUAGUAUUAAAACUAUUGAAAUGUCAAGAAGGGAAAGCCACUUAAAAUCAAUGAUGCCCAAGCCUAAAGCCCUUAAAGUGAGGAGACAUCGAAAAUUUUAAAGAUUUCGUGAAGAAAAAUGCUGUAAACGCGAGUAAAUUACCCAGCAAAUCUUUGAAGUUGAUCGACGAUGAUGAUAAGAAUCUCAGGAAAUCAAGAUGAAAAUAAAUUUACAAAGGCAAAUACGAUGAAUACGAGCAAGGAAUCAAGCCAAGUAGGGACUAGGAGCAACUUUUAUAAAGUAAAGAAGGAGAUUAAUAACUCUGUGCUACAAAGAAGGGCAAGGGAUGAGAUGUACCAGACCUUCUCACCUGAGCGGCUCAAUCGGUUCCAUUCUAAAAAGUCAUUGAGAAACGCAGAGACAAGCUUUGAUAGUGAAAAGCCAGCCAAAUUCGUGAAGAAGCCUAGGAAAAAGAGUUUUAGAAAACUCCCUAGUUAUAAAAAGAUUCCAGAUUUUAUUGUUAACCCUGAGAUGAGUAUUGUCGAGUUUUGCAAACUUGAGUCUGUCAAGAACUUAAUUGGGAUGAAUAACUCUUUUGAUCAAGGCGAUAUCAUAGCAGAAAGCAGCAAUAAUAAGGUAUUUUAAGGAUCUUCUUAAAGCAAUCUUCCCUUUUCUCCAGCUGAUCUCAGAUUUUAUAGUACAAGUAUCCGUUGUUAUCUAAGCAUAACAAGAAGACUACUCUGAAGUCAAAGACAAAGCAGUUGCUAAAGUCUCGGAAUAGUAAAAAGAGGAAAAUUUAUGGAAAUAAGCAAUUUGUUCGUGAGCAAGGCAUCUACAAUACUUUCUAUAAACUCUCCCCUAUGAAGUUCAGAAAGAGCAGAAAUUUUAGAGUCAG